AGUGAGUUUUAGGAUUUGUGUUGUGUUUUUGCAAAUGAGACUCAAUUGUCGUGUCAUCUUUUUAAUUCUUUAAAUACGUUUAUUAAUGAAAACCGAUUUGAAUUAUUACCAAAUGCACGUAUUUGCAGCUUGAACAGCUGAACAGUGCAAUCAUAAUUAAUAUUAGCAUACAAAAAAAGUAUUGAAAUUCAUAUUUUAAACGUUUAGAAAUACUGCAGUUUUCUAAACUAGCUACUAAACAAAACAAAUACACCAGAAGCCCGAAAUUCAACAAAGCACUAUUUAAUAAGCUGAAAAUUUAUUAAAAUGAAAAACCAACCUGUACCAAGCGUAGUGACGGAAUGGGAAGAUAGUGUUCUCUUUGAUGCCGACGACCCUGAUUUUUGCGAUAUAUCUCCGAAUGUGCAAAACGUUCUUACCUCAAGUACUAUAGCUAUUAUGACCCAGCCACAAAUUUUUGGGAGUACAAGCCACUCAAACCAUGGCCUAAACGUGUUGAGUGUAAAACUUCCUACAACAAUGUCUUUAGCUAGUGUGCACGGACCACAAUUCACGGAUAUUUGCAGUCCUUUGGGGCGCAGCAGUAUUAGUAUCUCAUCGUCAUUGUCCGAUCUGGUCGGUAGUCCGUUGGAAAUUUCCGCAGACAACGUACUCACAAUCGAGGAGUUGCGGCAGCAUAUGGGCUCUUGCUUUACUUGUGGCGUUUCCUGGACCGACGACCAUGUUUCCCUUGACUGCAGUGAAUGCGGCGGUUAUAGUUUAGAGCGUCCCUGUCCUUUAUGUGAUGGCCAGUGUGGUGUUCAGUGGAAACGUGACUUCACUAUGUCCCAUGCCUAUAGCAAAGCUCGCUGGCAUGGUGUCUGCCCCAGCUAUCAGGAGGCCGUGACACAUUUAAAUCCUCGUGAAGUUGCUGCAACAGUCAAUUCCUCCGCUGCUCCGUCUACUUGUGCUACCGCCGCAACACAAAUGCGGUUAGCGCAGGAACUUUGUCUGCGUUUAGAAAAACUUUCCGCAAGUGCACAUACGUGAUUCAUUUGUCUUGCUGACAAAUAUACUAACGAAUAAUAAGCAUAAUAUGGGCGCAGCAACAGCAUAAAAGUUCCUCAUGUUUAUCGCAUACAGAAUUCUGACAGCCUCCAACAACAUUUGAACAUAAUAAUCACAUCCAUCAUUAGAGAAUACUUACGUAUGUUCAUUUAAGUUCCAAUUAUGUGCAUCAAAUAUAUAGUCUGAUAGGCAUUUUAAUAAUGUGAAAUCCAUCCCUUUAUGAAUAUUUUACGUAAUGAUAAAUAAAUCAGUAAAAGGUGCUCAUUGUCAGAUUCUAAAGAGGUUUUGAAUUUAGCAUUAAAAGAUUUGUGUUUAGGUUUAUAUCUUAUUUUCUUCUUGCUGUAAGAAACCUUUUUGUUACAAUAUUGAAUUUGUAUAGCCUGUAAUGUUUCUUCUGAUGUUAAAUUACAUUAGUGUAAUUAAGUACGAUAGAGUUAAUGUAACUAGAAGAAAAUAUUUAUAAAUUUGUAGCGGAAUCAAUGUUGGGAUAGAAAGAAGACUUAAAAAUAAAUUAAUUAAGACUUGGAUUAUACAUAAAAAGAAAACAAAGUUUACAGAAGGAGCAAUGUGUGUUCUAAAUUUAAUUACGUUCUGAUAUUACUUGAUAAUCACAUUACGUGCAUAAA